GUAAGAAGACACGUGCUGGAUGCAGCUUCAUCAUGAACUGCAACCGCCGAGUCGACCAGUGAAGUUGUGAAAAAGGCAAGUCUGAGCCAGAGAAUAGGGGCUCAUGUCAGAACAUGAUCGAGCGAGAGAUCAGGCCGACCAUUUGCUUCCCCAGCCAAACGUGCUGCUGUGUUCGAACGGGCCAUUACCAUUCCUAUGAUAGCCAGUGUUGGUUCCAGUGUUGGUGGUCGAACACAUCACAAAUUGCCAUGUUUGCCUACGGAGAAGAGCGGCUGCAGCCCUCCACACAUUUGUCGAGGGUGUGUUUGUCUCUCCACUUUUCCACCGAAAACUCCCACAAAUGGGGUAAGCGAAAGCCGAUUUUUGAUGUGCUAGUCUCUUGUGAAGGGCGUGCAUGACGAUCAAUAUUAACAAACGACUUUUCUCUUGACUGCUGUCACAGCUCUUCAGCAUCCUUCCAUCAUUCCUUUUGCAUAUUCUCUUUCCACUCGUUUCGCUCAAUGGAUGCAGUUGCCUCGUCAGCGGUACCACCCAUUGUGACAGAUCAUGAAGGAAAGCACGAGGUAGCAGCUGAUGCACAGCCUCCAGCACGGGAAACCAGAUCCAGUCAUUGUGCUUCUGAGCCGACCGAGGCCAAAGAUCAACCAGAAACCGAAAACCAUGGACAAGAAGGCAUCCCUAUCGACGUUGAGAGGUCGAGUGCAGUCGCUCCAGACGACGACUUUCCUGAAGGUGGCUUGGAGGCUUGGCUUGUGCUAGCAGGCUCCUUCCUCGCGCUGUUUGUUUCGUUUGGUUUCAUGGUCGCCAUCGGCACAAUUCAGGAGUUCCUUCAACAGCAUCAGCUUUCGCACUACACAUCACGGGACAUUGGCUGGAUACCAUCAGUCUUUGUCUAUCUUGCACUCGGCCUGGGAAUUUGGGUCGGACCGCUCUUUGACCGCUAUGGGCCCCGUUGGCUGGCUUUGAUCGGCAGCGUCGCUUACACCGCCAUGAUGUUCUUGCUGGCAGAGUGCAAGACCUAUUGGCAGUUCUUGCUGUGCUUGGGCUUCCUGGGUGGGAUUGCUGGGGCCACGUUGACCACGACCAGCAUGGCAGUGGUGAGUCACUGGUUCAAAAGGAGAAGAGGACUCGCCGUCGGCAUUGCAAUGUGUGGAUCGAGUUUUGGCGGAAUAGCAUAUCCGCUGGUCUUGAGGAGCAGCUUUCCCAAGUACGGCUACGCAUGGUCAAUGCGAAUCCUCGCGUUUAUGAUCAUGGGGUGCCUCAUACUCAGCAACAUCCUCAUGAAGCCUAGACUGCCGCCAUCGCCAGCUGCGAAGAAGGCAAAAAUCAUUUCGCUGGAGCUGUUCGGCGACCUGAAGUUUACCUUUUUCACCAUCACCGUCUUUGGCUUUGAGAUUGUGCUGUUUGGCGCCCUCGGCAUUCUGCCCACGUACGCCAACUACAGCGGCAAGUACCCCGUCGACACCGGCUUUUACAUCAUUGCGGUCAUGAAUGGCGUCUCUUGCAUUGGGCGCAUUAUCCCGGGUUACGUCUCGGACAUCAUUGGGCGUUUCAAUACACUUUUGAUCAUGAUUGUUUUUACGUUGAUUUUGAUGUUGGCUCUGUGGUUGCCUUUCGGCGAGACCAGCCUUGCGGCAUUGUACGCUUUUUGCGCCUUGUUCGGGUUUGGUACCGGGUCCUGGAUGGCAUUGACGCCCGCUUGCAUUGGCCAAUUGUGCGAGGCGGAGCAGUUCGGCAGGUACUAUGGUACGAUGUACUUCAUUGCCUCGCUGGCCACGCUCGUCUGUGUGCCCAUCAGUGGUGAACUGGUUGAGACUGUUGGACCACAGGUCAUGGUUGGGUUCAUGUGUGCUGUCUUGGGGCUGGUACUGGUUACGUUCAGUCUGAGUCGCUGGGCUUGUUUGGGAUGGAAAUGGAAGUGGAAUGCUAAGGUUUGA